AUGGCGGAGACCUUUGUCUUAAUUAACCAAGAAUGGCAAUCAAGGCCAAGUGAAGCCGUCAACAACGAAACGAACGCCAAGUGGAACGGUGUCGUGAUGUACAUACCAAUCCAUGAGCACCCUCACUGUGCAAAUGAUGUGUGGGAUCUCUACCAUGAUAAAGAUCAGUACUGGUGCUGUGAGCAAGGCUUAAUCGGAUAUUUCGACAACAAGGCGAAUGGGUUUGGCUGCGUGGAUGGAAAGCCAAACGGAACGGAUGUAACUCUCGCUACGCCUAUUAGUAAUGUAGACCAGAGCCCAUCUUCGACGACGAUCGUUACAGCAACCGUGACCCCUCAGUCAGAUCCCGACAACGACUCGGCCUCGCCGUCCUCAUCGGCUAGCACAGGGGUCAUUGCUGGCAGUACUGUGGGCAGCGUUGCAUGCUUCACUCUUAUACUCACAUGCAUUUGGUUUCUGGUACGCCGACGAAAACAACAAGCGUCUUCCGCUGAGCUGGAAGCGACACCAAUGAAGCAACCUGUGCCAAUUGCAGAGCUUCAUAGUGACGUUGCUCGGGCAGAGUUGGAUUCUGGAGCUGCGGCAGCACAUGAGCUGCCAGCUCGGUGA